AUGGGCUUCACUUUGCCCAUGGGACAUUUGGGACAAACGUCUGGACAUGGACUCUUCUGUGAUGGCAGUGAUGACUCUGCUGCCGCGCUGUCAGCCCUUUGGCCUUUGUCGAGCCGAGCGUCCGGUCUCUAUCAGACCGGACACCCAACUGUUGUAAGUAUGUUGGUCCGAUUGGCAGCACAUACGCGGACAAGUGGGCCGCAGUUGAAGAGCUUUGCUGUAGCGUUGUCACGACGGCCGCGUCUGCCUCUCAACACCGAUCCACCUAUUCACUCCGUCCCUCUCCACUCUCCUCCACAGUCCUCGCCUCCACAUUUACCUUCACCUCAUUCCGCCCCUGUCCAGACGUCUUGGGCGAAACAGCACAGGCUCUGCAAUGUUGGCGCACUCGAGCUGCCCCCCAGUUGCCAUGCCACCGUGUCGUCAUGUCCUCGUUGUUGCUCCAUUCGCCCAGCUCUGGUGGACGUCCGGUUGGAGCCAGUGCCAUGGCCUGAGUUCCGGCGAAUCGACUGCUCACUUCCAAGGCAGAGUUGGUAG